AGUGUGCUAAAUAGGAAAUCCCCAAUAGAUCAGGGUUCGUUUUGCAAACCAAAAAAACAAAAAAAAAAAACUCAUUUCUUCGUCUCGUUAACUUGAUUUGCUAAGGAAAAAUAGAUCAGUCGUCGUAGAUCCGAUCGAGCGGUGGAAUCCACGAUGGCGCUGGUAACAUCCGUGCGCGAUUACAUCAACCGGAUGCUUCAGGAUAUCUCCGGCAUGAAGGUUCUCAUACUCGACUCCGAAACGGUUAGCAAUGUAAGCAUCGUGUAUUCGCAAUCAGAGCUGCUCCAGAAAGAAGUUUUCCUCGUGGAGAUGAUAGAUUCGAUCUCGGCGUCGAAUGAAUCGAUGUCGCAUCUGAAAGCUGUUUAUUUCGUCCGUCCGACGUCGGAGAAUGUUCAGAAGCUGCGGCACCAGCUUGCGAAUCCUAGAUUUGGAGAAUACCAUUUAUUUUUCUCCAACCUGUUGAAGGAUACUCAGAUUCAUAUUUUGGCUGAUUCUGAUGAGCAAGAGGUUGUACAACAAGUUCAGGAGUUUUAUGCAGACUUUGUUGCUGGUGAUCCGUAUCAUUUCACUUUGAAUAUGGCAGCAAAUCACCUAUAUAUGCUCCCAGCAGUUGUCGAUCCCUCUGGUUUGCAACGCUACUCCGACCGGGUUGUUGAUGGAAUUGCGGCUGUCUUUCUGGCGUUGAAACGUAGACCUGUCAUCAGAUACCAGAGGACCUCUGAUACUGCCAAAAGGAUUGCACAGGAAACAGCUAAAUUGAUGUAUCAGCAAGAAAGCGGUCUUUUUGACUUCAGACGCACUGAAAGCUCUCCGUUGCUGCUUGUAAUUGACAGAAGAGAUGACCCAGUUACCCCAUUACUGAAUCAGUGGACAUAUCAGGCAAUGGUGCACGAACUCAUAGGACUUCAAGAUAAUAAAGUAGACUUGAGAGCCAUUGGAAGUCUUCCAAAAGAUCAGCAAGUUGAGGUGGUUUUAUCAUCAGAACAGGAUGCAUUCUUCAAAUCGAACAUGUACGAAAAUUUUGGGGAUAUUGGAAUGAACAUCAAGCGAAUGGUAGAUGACUUUCAGCAGGUGGCUAAGAGUAACCAAAAUAUCCAGACCGUAGAGGACAUGGCCAGAUUUGUUGACAACUACCCUGAGUACAAAAAGAUGCAAGGCAACGUCUCAAAGCAUGUGACCCUGGUUACUGAAAUGAGCAAGCUUGUUGAAGCAAGGAAACUGAUGCUGGUUUCACAAACAGAGCAGGACUUGGCUUGCAAUGGUGGCCAAGGAGCUGCGUAUGAGGCAGUUACGGAUCUCUUAAACAAUGAAAGUGUGUCUGACAUCGACCGGCUACGUUUGGUGAUGCUGUAUGCUCUGCGCUAUGAGAAAGAGAAUCCCGUUCAGUUGAUGCAACUGUUCAACAAAUUGGCUUCACGCUCUCCCAAGUACAAACAAGGGCUUGUUCAAUUUCUCUUGAAACAAGCCGGCGUAGAGAAGCGUACUGGUGAUCUGUUUGGAAACAGAGAUCUUUUGAAUAUAGCACGCAACAUGGCUCGUGGACUUAAGGGGGUUGAGAAUGUGUACACUCAACAUCAGCCACUUUUGUUUCAAACAAUGGAGAGCAUAACCAGAGGGAGAUUGCGAGAUGUGGAUUACCCCUUUGUUGGAGAUCAUUUUCAACAGGGACGGCCACAAGAGGUGGUGAUAUUCAUGGUUGGUGGAACAACGUACGAGGAAUCACGCUGCGUUGCUCUACAAAACUCGACCAACUCCGGGAUUCGGUUUAUUCUGGGCGGCACCGCAGUGCUUAAUUCCAAGAGGUUUCUCAUGGACUUGGAAGAAGCACAAAGGAUAUCAAGAUCAGGUAGCCAUAUGGUGUGAAGAGGGUUAUAACAAAAGAGAUUGUGCAUUAGUAGUCUAUAUAUAAGAUUCUUGCUUAUGAUAAAUAUUUGACUACAGAAGAAUUAAACAUGCGUGUCAUAAUUUUUGGAGAGACAAUGAUAGAAGAAGAGGUUCUUCGAAUCAUUCCUACAUUUGAUGA